AUGGCAGACUCCGAAUCUUCCAGCCUGAAAGGCAGUGGCAGCAGGUCGCGCCGGGCCUGGACGGUAUCAACAGAGUCCGAAGCAAUGGACAGUUCCGGCCGAAGCAAUGGUCGCUCUUCGAUCGAUUCCAAUGAGCGACCGAAAACUCAAGGAGGUGAAGCUCCGAACUCCGCAAAGGCAGGCUCCAGCGGUUUCUCCAAGCUCAUCAGCUCGCGCCGACGAAGGAAAAAGAAAAACAACAAUAGCGAGAUAGUUUCCGAUGCGCCUCCGGUGCCCGGGGUAGUCACGGAACAAGACCUACAGCAGAGCCGGUCCAACGAAUCUCGCAACAGCAAUUCCGGUGUCCUGUCAUCCAAUGCUAGCUCGGUCACGCCGGAAGGCGAGGUCAUCAAUCUCUUGACUGAUGAUUCAGAGCCGGAGGGAACACCGCCGCUCACCUCUCACAACUCCCAUACGGGUUUUUAUACCUCCUCCUCUCCUCUCAUUGAAACGACCUCGGUCGACGCUAGGGAUACAGAAGCAGAUCAAGCAGACCCCGAAUCUGCGGCCAGUGGCCCGAGUGCGACGGUGUCCGAGUUCGCUCCAAGCGAGCCUCUUGAUAACCUUUCGAGGCCAGAAACCCGGUCGAGCAUGACGCUGGACGUUCCGGCAGAUACGGGUAGCAAGCGCCGCAGUACUUCACCUGGUCGACGGCUCAAGGAUGCGUUUGGCUCGUCGGAUAAGAAGAAUGCCAACGGGAACGAUGAUGCCUCAACCAAGUCGACUGGCAGCCGAAGCGGGCGAAGCUUGUUUAGCAGUCGACGGAGCAGUCUAUCUGCGAAACGAGCACAGGCAACACCGGAGGCGCCCCCGCCCUUGCCUGUCCCUAUUCGCACAGAUCUGACAGAGGAUAAGCCCCCGAAAAAAUCAUUGGAGGCGAGCCCGUUACCAAACACCCCUCCGCAUACUGCGAUCCCGGCGCCCGCAACCACGGUUACUCCUCCAACGCCCACGGAGUAUCGCCCGCUCAAUCCUCAAAUCAUGUCGGAUGUUGUAACAGAUUCACCCGAAUCUAUCACGUCCCGGAAUUCGAUGUCGGGAGUAGAAGCUGGUAUUACCGUGAGCCCCUCUGGUAACAUGAUCUCACACCGGAGGGUACGAUCUGCCUCCGCGGCUCACGUCCCCAGUAAGCUGUCUACAUCCGUGACUGCGUUGAGCCCUUUGGAGGAAAGCAAGACGCCAAAGCCUGGAUCGAGUCAGCAAAGCGGCUUUUUCUCAACCGUUUUUUCCGCGGCCCAGAAUGCGGCAAACUCGUUCACUAACAGCCUCAAUUCCUCUCAACAAAAGAGCCGUACGAUCUCCCAGACCCCUACUACGGGCGUUGAUGACUCCCAGGUAGAGGAGACUCCUCAAGCUUCAGACGCAGCCAAGAAAGGCGAGGAGCAGAAACCAUCUACUGUAGAGACUCUUGGCACUGGAGACUUGAACUUCAGCCAUCUGGGUCUCGAUGCCGCACCUGGUGAAGUGAUUUCCUCUGGCGACGUCUCGAAGCCAGCAACACCAGUAGGAAAGCGUAAAAAUACGGCUGUGUAUCAGCGGGAUGAAGAGGCAGCGAAGCUUGAAGAUCAACAGGCCGCCCGAGCUGUCAACAUGGCCUACGAAAAGCUCGAAUCCGCUAGAAUCAGUGCUCCUAGUGACGAUGUCCUGGAUCUCCAAUCUACAGUGUCUUUGCCCAAGGAGGGUACAAUAACUGGUGAUCAAACCCCUCCGAGUGGCAGUAUUCUUGACGGGGAUAUUGGCAGCGGCGGUAUCAAGAGAAGUGGCAGUGUACGAAGUCGACUUGCGCGCCGUCACCGAGGCUCUUCCGGAGCGACAGCUUCAACAAUUGGCGCCAUUGGUGCUAGCACUCUGGCCCUUGGCGCCCCUGGUGUUAACGCCAGUGUCCCUCGGUUAACGGGCUUUGCUGUUGCCAGCAAGAAGCGGAAUAGAGACUUUCAUCAGUUGUUCCGGAGUGUUCCUGAGGAUGAUUAUUUGAUUGAAGACUACAGCUGCGCAUUACAACGUGAGAUUAUUCUUGCCGGUCGCAUCUACAUAUCUGAAGGCCACAUUUGUUUCUCAAGCAACAUUCUCGGAUGGGUCACAACUCUUGUCAUCAGCUUCGAUGAGGUUGUAGCUAUUGAAAAAGAGAACACAGCUAUGGUCUUCCCCAACGCAAUUGCUAUUCAGACUCUGCAUGCUCGCCACACUUUCCGAAGUUUGCUAAGUCGUGAGUCGACCUAUGACCUUAUGGUUAACAUCUGGAAGAUCAAUCAUCCAUCUCUCAAGAGCUCGGUCAAUGGAACUCGGGUCACCAAUGGUACCGGUGACAAGACUGAGAAGGUGGGAGAGUGCGAUGACUCGGAGAACGAGGACUCCGACGAGGAUGAGAUCUACGAUGAGGACGAAGAAGGCGACAAUGCUGACAGCUUCUUUGAAGCUGGAGCCAGUGCCAAUGCAAGUGAGAGGUCGCUACCAGGGCGGGCCGGAUUGAGCCGACAAACCUCGGGUCUACUAGCCAACGCGGCAGCGCCAGCAGCUGGAGCGAAUGGCAAUGGCGAGGCGAAGAAUGGUGACAAGGCAGGUGCCUCUAAAGAAGCUGACUUCCCUGGCCCGACCACGCACGCUCCCACAGAGUACACUGAGACCGAUGGGCAAUACGAAAAGGUCAUCAAGGAUGAGAUUAUUCCUGCGCCCCUCGGCAAAGUUUACUCUCUUGUCUUUGGUCCAGCAUCUGGAGAAUUUAUCACAAAAUUCCUUGUGGAAAAUCAAAAAUCGGGUGAACUGCAGUUUGAAGGCACUGCGAAGGGCCUUACCAAUGAAAGCCGGAUUAGGAAGUACUCCUACAUCAAACCCCUCUCCGGCUCUAUUGGUCCUAAGCAGACUAAGUGCAUCAGCACUGAGAACCUGGACUUCUUGGAUUUGGAGAAGGCCGUGCUCGUCACCCUAAGCACUCAAACGCCGGACGUGCCUAGCGGCAAUGUUUUCGCCACGAAAACCAAGUACCUUUUCACCUGGGCUGCCAGUAACCAAACACGCUUCCUGAUGACCUGUAACAUCGAGUGGACUGGCAAGAGCUGGCUGAAGGGGCCCAUUGAGAAGGGCGCGAUCGACGGUCAAACCACCUUCGGCACUGAGCUUGUGAAGGCUCUUAAGGUCGGUGUCGUCCCUCGCGGUCGCACCAAUGGUGCUGGUAAGGGCAAAGGUCGUCGUAAGAAGGGUGAUGCUGCAUCCAACGAUGAUGCCUCGGGUACCUCUUCGAAGGCGGCCGUGGAUACUCCCUCGAGCAAGACCGAGUCUUGGGGUCUGCUUGAGCCAAUUCGUGGUUUACUCGAACCAGUGACCGACAUUCUUAAACCGCUAUGGAGCGGAAACAUUGCUUUCCUGUUUGUGGGACUCUUGCUCUACUUGGCAUUCUUCCGAAGCCCAUCCACUUCCAGACUCGGCCACGAUGUUGGCUUCACCGGACUCAACCUUCCUCAACGGCUCGCUGCAUAUGAAGAAAUGUGGCGACGUGAGGAGAGUGAACUUUGGAACUGGCUGGAGGAUCGAGUGGGCAUGGAUGGAAUGGCGUUCCCAGUACUUCAUCAUCGCGCACCCCAGGCCCAUGCUAGCCACCGAAGCACACGCGUCAGCCCUGCGGACGAGCGUGAUCUCAUGGCACGGCUUCGUGAAGAGCAGGUCUCUGAUCGGGAGAUGGAUCACGCUAUCCGGACGACACGUCAGCGGCUUGACAUUCUUGAGCAGAUGAUGAGCAACCGCAAGGCUGAGCGAAUGCCCGCUUGA